UCUGGGCACACUGUCGCGAAAAACGAAUCGAAACGGAACGCAAAGCGGACACGGACUGUUUUUUCCGGGAAAAACGCCGCCUUUCCUUUGAUUUGUUUGGUGCUGUCGCGGAAAUGACACCGCCAAACGCUAGCGAUUAGUUGUGAGUGAUUGGAUUGAGUUAAUAGUAAUCGCAAACAACAAAGCACGAAAACAAGUAAAGAUCGCAGUUUUUGGGGGAAAAAGGAGCUCAUCUUAUAGAACAUCCUGGGCUCGCGAAAAGUGUGUGUAUGUGUGUGCUGGUGUACUGUUAUUGACAAAAAUCGAGCAAUCGCCCAAGUUGAAACUCUAUUUUCGCGUCGACAGAGAGAGGCGAGAAAAAUUGGUGUCUACUCCUUGAAAAGGAGUUUUUCGCUUCUUCCUCUCCCCCGCCCGCCCGCUCUCUUUCACUCUCACUCUCUCUCUCCCGCUAACUCACGCUCAUAACUGUGUUGUUUCGGUUUGCGUGUGGUGUGUGUGCAAUCAAAAACCCGAAAAGAAGUCAAGCAUUUUAAUUAAAAAUCUAAAUCACAAUUAUUUUCCAAACCGCCAGAGACGUGAAAAUUGCAAUUCGCUCUCUUUCUCGCUCCCUCUCUCUUUGUGGGAAGCUGAAGAAGAAGCAGCAGCAGCGAAGCAGACGCCGCACACCAAUACCAACGCAUUUUCGCUGUGGAAACGGAAUCAACCAAAAUGUUGUGAUCUCAUACCCUUGAAAAGCCCAGACACUGGAAGCGAAUUUCCCUCCACAGCAGAGAACCGAAGAGAAACGUGAAAGCUGAAGGCAGAAGCUAGAAAAACAACGGAAACCAAAUUGCAAUGACUGAGCAGAGUAUUAUCGGGGCGCGGGCCUCUGUGAUGGUGUACGAUGACAACCAGAAGAAGUGGGUGCCCUCGGGCAGCUCGUCGGGAUUGAGCAAGGUGCAGAUCUACCACCACCAGCAGAACAACACGUUCCGCGUGGUGGGACGAAAGCUGCAGGAUCAUGAGGUGGUCAUCAACUGCUCCAUUCUGAAGGGACUGAAGUACAACCAGGCCACGGCCACAUUUCAUCAGUGGCGCGAUUCGAAAUUCGUCUACGGCUUGAACUUCUCGAGCCAAAAUGAUGCGGAGAACUUUGCUAGGGCCAUGAUGCAUGCCCUGGAAGUGCUCAGUGGUCGCGUGGCGAACAACCCAGGUGGACCGCCCACAAAUGGCAAUGGCUAUGAGGAGGACAUGGGCUAUCGCACGAUGACCAGCGAGGAUGCAGCCAUACUGCGCCAGAACAACAGCAUAGGUGGGCACGUCACGCCAUCGGCGCAGACGCCCACCUCGCAGACCAACCAGAACAACAUCCCCCAGAGCCCGCCGACGCCCCAGGGUCAUCAUCGCACCAGCAGGAAUUCCCUCAGCGCCCCACCGGCACCACAGCCCCAACAGCAGCAGCAGCAGGCGCAGCAAAUGGGUCAGCCCGGAUCCCACUAUGGACCCACUGGAAAUGGACCCACUUCGAAUGGCCUGCCACAGCAGGUGAACUCACAGAUUCCGGCGGCACCGCAGCAGCAGCCGCAACAGCAACAGUUUCAGCAGCAGCAGCAGCAACAGCAAUAUCAGCAAAUGGUCCAGGCGGGCUAUGCGCCCUCGCAGCAGUAUCAGCAACCCCACUACGUGCUCUCCAAUUCUAAUCCCAAUCUAACUGUGCACCAAUACCCGACACAGCAGGCGCAGCAGCAGCCGCCGCAAGCGCCACAGCCGCCGCUCCAGAACGGUGGAAUGUACAUGGUGGGUCAUGGUCAUCUACCGAGCUCCGCGAGCGCCAACAGUGUUGUGUACGCCAGCCAGCAGCAGAUGCUCCCACAGGCGCAUCCACAGGCACCUCAGGCGCCGGCGAUGCCAGGUCCUGGCUACGGAGGUCCACCAGUACCUCCGCCCCAGCAGCAGGCAGAGAAUCCGUACGGUCAGGUACCCAUGCCGCCGCCAAUGAAUCCGUCACAGCAACAGCAGUCAGGUCAGGUGCCUCUAAACCGGAUGAGCAGCCAGGGCGGUCCAGGUGGCCCACCGGCUCCUGCUCCGCCCCCGCCACCACCCAGUUUUGGUGGAGCUGCUGGAGGAGGACCACCGCCACCAGCCCCGCCACAGAUGUUCAACGGCGCACCGCCGCCGCCAGCCAUGGGUGGUGGACCACCGCCGGCUCCACCAGCACCGCCAGCAAUGGGUGGCGGACCACCGCCAGCACCGGGCGGCCCAGGGGCACCACCACCACCUCCUCCGCCGCCGGGAUUGGGAGGAGCGCCUAAGAAGGAAGAUCCCCAGGCAGAUCUCAUGGGCUCGCUGGCCUCCCAGCUGCAGCAGUUCAAGCUCAAAAAGAAUAAGGUCACCACUUCUGCUCCGGAGAAUAGCGGCAGCAGCACCUCCAGUGGAGGCAGCGGCAACUAUGGAACCAUCGGACGAAGCUCUAAUGGCAUGGCCUCCAUGAUGGACGAGAUGGCCAAGACGCUGGCACGACGACGCGCCCAAGCAGAAAAGAAGGAUCCCGAACCUGAAGCCGAGGUAAAAAAACGGCCCUGGGAAAAGUCCAAUACACUGCCCCAUAAGCUGAGCGGCGGAGCUGGCAGCGGAUCAGCAGGAAGUGGCCAUGAAGGAGCGAAUGGUAACUCGGGCGGUGCUGGAAGCAACACAACGAACAGUGGCGGCGAGUCCCCGCGACCCAUGCGCAAACGAUUCGGUAGUGCCAGCGAAGAGACCAUUCUCAAGCAGGUCAAUGGCGAUGGCCUGUCGCUGGCGCUCUCCAAUGGCGACUUGGACACACUGAAGGCUGAGAUUGUGCGCGAAAUGCGACUGGAGAUUCAGAAAGUCAAAAACGAAAUCAUAGAUGCUAUCAAAUCGGAGUUCAAUCGCAGAUAGAUCAAAAUGCUGUCACGAUAAACGCGAAUGUGUACCAGGCUCUAUCCAUCUCACACCACUGCUGUCGUCCGUAAAGGGACGAAGAUCAGGAUCAGAAUCAUGAGACUGGAGAGAACCAGGAGCCGGGCGUGUAAUUUAAGGCAUUCGCGACGUAUUCGAUGAUCGAAGCUCGCAACAUUGCCAGAAUGUUGACGAUCGAUCGACGAGGUGAUGGCAUGUGCAUACGCAUAUUUAUGAUGCAUUUGCUCUAGGUUAACACAAACAUCUAGGCUAACACAAACACACACACACACACACAAAGAUGCAGACGAUGAGGAGAAAUUUAGUCAAAGUAAUUAUAUUUUAAUGGGAAGAACUGCUUACCGACAUCUAUAAGUUAUGUAACUAACUCUGUUGUACAUUAUUUUGCAUAAGUCUAUAAGCCAAUUUUAGUGUGAGAACAAGAGAAUUGCUUGCAAUCUUCGGUAUAUCGUAAUCCCCCCUCUUUUUCGUUUGUUUUCCAUACUACCCCACCUCUACCUUUUAGUUCGUUAUACUCGCCGGGAUUUCUCUAUUGUUUCGUACCAAAAACAAAAAAUCAAAAUGAACAACGUUUGUAAUUAUACAUAGAACGUAUCUCUCUAUACACAGCCACAAAAACAUGCAUAUAUACAUAUAUAUAUAUGGUUUAAUAUAUAUGGACUACUCAUUAACCUAACCUAAAGGGAACUAGUAUUACGACUCAAAAACAAUUCCACAAACGUCAUCCAUCAAAGGUCCUGAAAAAAUGGAAAAACUCCACGCAUUUCCUACAACAAAACCACAACAUUUUCCUAAGCACACGAUCUCAUACGACUCAAUUUAAGAACCAGCAAGUCUUCAGCAAAUCAGAAACAUAAACAAACAAGCAAACAAACAAAAAAAAAACAGUUCAAAGCGGAAUUGAGCGUGGUGUUCAGGACUCAGAGUUAGCUCGAGCAACUUAGCAUUAGUGUCACACGAAUAAUUACUGCGAUCCAGCGAUCUAUACGAUCUAUACAGCGAAAUUAGAAAGCUAAAUUAACAAUCGACUGCUGCGUAUUAUACAUAUUAAUAAUACUUAUAAAUACAUAAAGGAACGCCCAUAAAUAAUGUACACUCCCCCCCAGACUCGGCGCAAAAUGCCGCUCCUGAACAUAUGCGUACCAAUUCAACUUCCAUAUACGACUAAGACUAAAUAGCGAAAUUAUUGAAUGAUAGCAGGCCAAGCAAAUCGGAAAAAAGGUGGAUCAGACAGCGGGAAAGAGGAAGGACGAAAGGAAGGACACGAGGCGGGAGCAGAGGAAGGAUAAGGGAUAAGGGAUAAGAAGAGUUUAGUUCUUAAGCAUAAAGAAGUGAAAUUGUUUAUUAAGUGGACAAAAAUUUAUUUAUACUGAAAAGUGAAAGAGAGAGAGUGGUAGUUGUGUAUAAUUCGAAUACAUAUAUACAUUUUAAUUUUUUGUAAUUUAACAAUAAUUUAUAUUGACUGUGCGAGGUUGCGUCGAUAUAUGAUAUAUGAUUAUAUAGAGUAUAUGAAAUACCUAGUUAUAUGGCGGCCACACACACGGUCCGGUCCGGUGUGGUAUGUAAAUGUUAUGAUUUUUGUAUUUUUAUAUAUGAUCUUUGCAUUGCGAAAACAAUGGAAACAAUUUAAUAUUAAACACACGUAAACUAUUUUAAACGAAGCAAAUGAAAAUCGAUGCGCCUUGCAGUGGGCGCAACUUUUUAUGUAUUAAAUUAAAUAUAUUAUACACUUAUAUACAACCAGAAUAUUCAAUAUACAUACAAGAGAUGAGGAAACGAUGUAGCAGCCAGCAUUGACUCGAGAUCAAAAUAUAUAUUAAAAAUCA